AUGAGUGGGCAACUUACGCAAUAUUAUGACUAUGUUAAACAGAGUUUGUUUAGUGGCAAUGGGGCGGGGUCACUUAUUAGAUUCGACGGCAUUUCUCAAAAUGGGAUUAUGAGUAAUUUUAUGAAUUUUUUCGCCUUUUUACUAGUAGCAGCAUACAUGGGAUAUUUUCUAUUAGGAAAAUCGAAUAAAAAAAAUAAAAAUGGGGAUAACGUAAAUCCAAUUCCUCAUGCUAAAAAUUUUUACAAUAAACAUAAAUAUACAGAUGAUAAAUUAUCAUCAGCACCAAAAACAGAUGAAUGGAAACAUAAUGCCUGGAGAAAAUGGAUUCUAAAUUUAGAAGAUAAAUGGAGCACAUUUAACAGAAAUGUUGAUAAAAAUAAAAGUGAAUGGAUGGAUCAAAAAGAUGCCCAAUUGAUAGAAUGGGUAAAAGAAUUACAAACAAAAUGGAUGCAUUUUAAUCCUAAUAUUGAUCAAGAAUAUAAAAUUGAAUUUUUAAGCAAAUCUGAAAACUGGAAUGAUGAUAAAUGGAAAAUAUGGAUGUUAACAGAAGCACAACAACUUUUAGAAAAUGAUCUAAAAGAAUGGCUUUCUCAAGCUGAAGCAGAUUAUUGUAAAUGGACUAUGGAUGCAUGGACUCAAUGGAAAGACAGCCAAAUAAAAGAAUGGAUAACUCUUGAUUGGAAAUAUGAAGAAGAUACAUUCUUUUCAAAAAUUGAUGAACUUACAGUAGAAGUAUUACCAGCAGAAGAGCAAAGAUUAUGGUAUGCUUGGAAAGAAAGAAUAUACAAAGAAGGAAGUGAUUGGAAAUACUGGACAUCAUUAAAAGAAUCUAAAUAUGUAAAUGAAAAUUGGGAAUUAUGGGAAGAAUGGAAAAAUGAAAAACAAGAAAUGUUCAGUGAAUGGCUUCAAUUAUAUACUAAUAAAUGGAUCCAACAAAAACAAUGGAGAUUAUGGAUUGGAGAAAAAAUGUCACAAAAUGCCCAAAAUACUGCAUCUGAAUCAACUUCCGUAGAUGCUAACGCUGACGAAAAAAAAGACGAAGAAAAAAAUGAUGAAGUAAAAAAUGAUGAAGUAAAAAAUGAUGAAGUAAAAAAUGAUGAAGUAAAAAAUGAUGAAGAAAAAAAAGACGAAGAAAAAAAAGACGAAGUAAAAAAUGAUGAAGAAAAAAAAGACGAAGUAAAAAAUGAUGAAGUAAAAAAUGAUGAAGAAAAAAAAGACGAAGUAAAAAAUGACGAAGUAAAAACUGAUGAAGUAAAAAAUGAUGAAGUAAAAAAAGACGAAGUAAAAAAUGAUGAAGUAAAAAAUGAUGAAGUAAAAAAUGACGAAGUAAAAACUGAUGAAGUAAAAAAUGACGAAGUAAAAACUGAUGAAGUAAAAAAAGACGAAGUAAAAACUGAUGAAGUAAAAACUGAUGAAGUAAAAACUGAUGAAGUAAAAAAUGAUGAAGUAAAAACUUAUGAAGUAAAAACUGACGAAGUAAAAAAUGAUGACAGUACUAAUAAUGUUAAAGCCAGAUAUUCUUUCGCAACAAACGGAGGAACUAAAACUGAUGAAAAGAAAGAAGAUACCGAUACAAGUUCAGUAAAUGGUGAUGAAAAUAAACGAAAAUAUGCAUCAAACCCAUAUUUUCGAAACUCGAUACUUAUAUAG